AUGCGCUCUAUCGGUGCUUUCUCUUCUAUAGUUAUCCUUUUCGGCGCACUGCAAGCCGUGUUUGGACACCCCCUAGCCACCCAAGCAGCUGAAUGCGACCGCUUGGUUUUGGCUAAGGCAUCUGAUGCUUACAUCGCCACACAAGCGGCGGGCAACGUUACCCUGCUUCAGAGGGUUGUUUCCGAUGGUUGGGAAUACGAAGAAAACAACAAAAGGAAGGACCCCGCCCAAGGGGUACUGAGCAAGGCGCUCAAAAUCGACCACCGCCGCACCAACUUUGACCUCGUGGCAUGCGCAACGUACACCGAGGUUAUCGUCAGCGACCCAGCCAAUCCCUAUGUCAUUGGAACCCAGAUCCGCCACGGAGAUGAUGGCCGUGUCACACUCAUCGACACCAUCGCCUCUACGACAAAUUCGUGGCUGUUUGACGCCAAGAAGACGCUUGAGUACGUGCUGGGGGAAACAUGGGAUCCAAUCCCCGAGGACAAACGUGACAAGAGGGAUUUUAUCCAGGCUGCUGGUGAUGCCUAUCUUGACAUGUGGAGCAACGCUACAGCCUCAACAGCUGUUCCCUGGGGAACGCCCUGCGUUCGACUCGAAGGGUCUGUGUAUACCGGAAAGGGGAGGCCUGACGACUCUUGCAAACCCGGAAUCCCGUCCAACUCCAGCCAGGCGCCCAAUACCCGCCGCCGAGCAAGAGAUAGGACAGGUGAAAUACCGGUUGCUGCGGUACAGCUGAAGCCUCCUUCUCUAUAUUAUAGGUAUGAGGACUAUAUAUAA